ACAUACGCUCACUCUCUCUCUCUCUCCUGCCGUUUCCUCUUCUACCACUCUUCCUCUUCCACCAUUCUCUUCCGGCCUUCACUCUCUAGACGGACCUCGGGGGGGCGCCGCCACGUCACUUGCGGGCUACGGUCUGCACCGCCGCUGACCCCGCCACUGUCACACAAGCCUACCGUCGCCGCCGGCCGCCUUACCCAAGCCUCGGGGUCCUAAACCGUACACAUAUCCUUCUUGGAAUGGCGAGCCAAGAGAAGCCCAUCGCGCCGUCGUCGGCGCCGUCUCCUCCGCAGCCCCAACUACCGCCGCCCGAGGGAGCCCCCCGCAUCCGCGGGUUCGGCGGAGGCGCGGCGGGCGGCGGGUACCCUAACCCUCCGGACGCGGCGCUGCCCGACGCGGCUACGCUGCGGGACCAGUGGCGGUUCGCGGUGCGCCAGUACAGCCGGUGGUACUCCCAAGCCUGGGGCACCGCCAUCCUCGCUGGUGGCGCCUUCUUCGCCCUGGGCUGGCUCGUGAAGGGCUCCAACCCCCUUCCCUCCCGCGCCGACCCCCGUCCGCCCAACGACGCCAGCGCGGACGAGGAGAAGAAGUGACUGGUUCCUUCUUCCCGCUUGUGCAGAAGCUAGCUGGAAAAGAAAUUCUGCAUGUUCCAAACUGACCAGACAUGUGCUCGUACACAGUUGUGUAUUUUGAGUGAGUCGGCAAAAUAAUAGUGCUUUGUUGUAGUCAAAGCACAGGAUCAGAGUAUCUUGUAAAUAUGACGAGAUGUUGAUGAUUUCAUGCAAUAGAAGAGAUAUUCAUCAAAGUUUUA